AUGGCCAAUAGGCCGCUUCCGAAUGAUGGAAAUCAGCCCCCUAGCUACGCUGAUACGGUAAAAGAUGAACAAUCGAUGAAUGUACCUAUGGCACAACCACCUUUAUCCGAAAAAGAGAUACAAGAAGUUACCCCAAGUAGCCCAAGUAUGAAUACACUUCAAGAAAAAUCGCCGCAGAUAGUACCCACACCUAUGCCAAGAAUGGAUAUCAGUCGAUCGCCUUUGCCACCGCCAAUUUUACAGCAGCCUGAAGGUGCCAUUCCUGUACGUCCACCAAUAUCUCAACAACCAAUUGCUGGCGUAAGAGGACCAAAUCCUACUACUCAAUCAAGCAUUCCUCAGCAGCUUACAUGGAUGCCUCUUCCUGCCCCCAACACUGUCUCUAACGAUUGUCCGACAGGCCUUGAACGUCUAUCCCAGAUUAGUCAAGUGAUUAUUAGUCCCGACAUUGGAAAGUCCGAACUAUUCAUGCCGACGUUCCAAAACAAAUACCAAGUAAAAAAUAACGCUGGUCAAUUGAUCUAUUACGCGGUUGAAGAUAAUACAAUAACAAUGGAUAUUAUGUCGUGGAACGGCUACAACUUAGCUGAAAUAGGCCUUUACGAUAGCAAUGAAAGGAAAGUUAUACAACUGUCUCGCGUCCCUACUGGUAAAGUAGCUGCCUGUUUCGAUCCUAAUUUUUAUAAAAUACAUAUCGCUUCCCCUCCGGAAGUAAUGAUUGGCAAAAUAGUCCAGAUGUCUGCCUGCGGUCCUAAGCAUGUUGUAACCUCUCCAAACGACAUAAUCGAAUUACUACUCAACGGUCCUGGUCACUGCUAUGCAACUCCUCUGGAGGAAGGCUCUCUAAGUUUCCAGAUUAUUUCUGAAAGUGGUACAGAAAUUGGCAGCAUGGGGAAAUAUUUCCCUACUAUGGGAAGAUUUCAAUGCGAUAUGGAAGUCAAUUGUACGAGAAUCGAGUGA